AUGAGUGUGGGGCAUGAAAGCUGGAUGGGCUGCGCCCGAUGGUUGCGCGAGCUCAACGUCCUCACAACAGACAAGAACGGAACAGUAAUCGAGUUUGCUUCAAUUUUUCGUGAUGGAAUUCUUCUUUGCCGUCUUGCCAACAUCCUCGUCCCUAAUGCCAUCAACCAGAACUCUCUCAUUAAAGCCACACAACAGUCUCAAUUCACCUGCACCAACAAUAUCAGGCUGUUCGUCGACUUCUGUAAAUCCCAUUUCAAUCUCACAGACUCUCAAGUAUUCGAUCCGGAUAAAUUUUAUCGGAUGGAUGAGUUUCAACAAAUGCUGAAGACCCUCUCAAUUUUGUCAAAUACCGAAGAAUCGAUUAGUAAAGGAGCCCAUCCAUUCCCGGAAAGAGAUACAAGUGUCCAGAGUACAUCGAGCAGUCCGCAAUUUGUAGAUGAUGAGGAUAUUUAUCAGUCUUUGCCCACGAAUAUCGAUUCAGUGAAACCAGAUGAGACGAUUUAUGGGCCAAUUACAAGUGUGGAUCCGGAAGAGAAGCAGAGUGAGCAGGUGUAUGACAAGAUCGUGACGAAUAGGAAGCCGAGUAUGAAUGAAAACGAUCUUCAAAACACACCGACAUUAAAACGAAAUCGAUGUAUUCGAGAGCUGCAUGAAACGGAAGAACGAUACGUGCGGAAAGCGUUAUCCGAGAUUAUCACUUUCUUUUACGAAAAAAUGAUUGGAAUUAUUUCAACCGAGGAUUACAAAAUAAUGUUUGGAAACAUUGAGGAUAUCUAUCGGCUGCACAUUAAUUUUCUGGCUGAUUUGGAGUAUCCCGUAAAGCUGGCGUGUGCUGCUGCUGAUUCGAAAAUUCAACGACCAACAUCACUGAACGGGUCAGAUGUUCCAAAAACGAUUGGAGAGGUUUUCAUCAAAUAUCGAGACCAGUUUCUAUUAUACGGAAAAUACUGCAGCAACCUGACGGAUAGUCGUAAACUAGUGACAGAGCUCAUUCAGAACAAUGAAUUUGUCGCCAAGACCAUUGAUGAGCUGGCUCGUGAAGCACAAUGCAAGUUUGGGCUCAACGACCUUCUGUGUGUCCCGUUCCAGCGCAUCACCAAGUAUCCAUUGCUCCUGAGGGAACUUCUGAAGAAAACCGAUGUGAAUAGUCCGGAUCUAAAAUCGCUGUCUGAAGCAGUCGAUGUCAUGGAGGACGUUUGCGCCUAUAUCAAUGAAGAUACAAGAGAUAUGGAAUCUAAAAUGACGAUGAUAGGAUUGAAACAACUCCAUGACUAUGGAAGAGUGAAUUUUGAUGGAGAAGUCAAAAUGGCAGAAUCUACAGCAACAAGCUAUGGAAAGGCCAAACCGAGAUUCAUUUUUCUGUUUGAUAAGGUUAUUGUGGUGUGCAAGCCAACCAGUAAACUGUCCCCCAAAGACAAGACUACUGGAUUGUCUACAAAGACAAAUACGUUCACAUAUAAAAAUGCCUACGUCAUGUCUGAGCUACACAUUGAUCAAAAUGUUUCUAUUGACACCAAGUCAGGAGGAACCAUCACCAGGAGGACCCAAUUCGUGAUUCACAUGCAUCGAGAUCGGACGGAUUCCAAUGAAAUUACACAACUAACGUUCUUCUUUAAAAACGAAGUCAAUCGGCAGAACUGGAUGAAAGCCUUGUUGCUGUCAAAAUCAAAUGUGUGUCCAACCGACGCGCUACGCGACAGCAAUCACAAGGUCUCUUUUAGCACCUUCCGUGUAGAUGUGGAGAAGCCGCUGGUAUGUGGAGUGUGCGAAAGGUUAAUGAAAGGACGACUGUAUCAAGGAUACAAAUGCGAAGCUUGUGAAAUGAUCAUGCACAAAGACUGCCUCGGGCUCAAGAAGUGUGAACCAACCAGGAGGUCUUCACAUGAGCCGAGAAGCUCACAUAGCUUCAAUUCGAAUAGGCCAAGGCAUCAUCAAGUUUGUGAAGGAGACAUCGUGACUGCGAACACCAAUUUCACACCAUCCGACCUAUCAUUCCUUCAAUUCUCCAAGGGAGACAGUAUUGAGAUUAUAAAGAUGCAAGGGCAUAAUCGGUUCACCGGGUGUCUCGCCAACAAUCGGAAUCGGACAGGACUGGUUCAUCUGGAUCAAAUCAUGCGGUCGCGGACAACAUCUAUGAUUGGCCUCAGUCCCAUGGAUUCUCCAGCUGGUUCUAUCAUCCCUCGUAUCGCGAGAAACGAAUCCACUGUCCUGCCCAAGAAGGUGUUAUCUGAUCCUAGUGCGAGAAGUUCGAGCGUUCCUGAUCCUCAGUCGUCGAGAUCUUCGCGAAACUCGUCUUCAUCAAAUCUUAUUGGCACUGAAAAUGGGCGGCAACAAGAUUAUGUUAACACAGAGAUCAGGGGUUUCAGAUGGUAUAUGGGCGAGAUGGAAAGAGCAAAAGCUGAGAGCACUUUACGCGGAACGCCGAACGGAACCUUCUUGGUGAGGUACAGCACUAAUCGGAAGCAGACUGCUAUUAGCUUGAGCUACAAGAACGACGUCAAACACAUGAUCAUUGAGAAGAAUCCAGAUGGAAAAAUGUAUUUAGAUGAAGAUUAUGUCUUCAAUUCGACUGUGGAACUCGUGCAAUACUACAGGGAUCAUAACCUGAUUGAGAUCUUCCAAGCACUCGACACCUGUCUCAAAACACCGUAUUCUCAAUGCAAAGUCUACAAAGCCAUUCAUGACUACGACCCUCCCCAGCCCAAUAGUGACGGAAAGUUUCUCACAUUUAAAAUGGGCGAUAUCAUAGUAUUACUGGAUACGGUGGGUGAGGACCGCGGAUGGUGGAAGGGACAAGUUAACAACAAGACUGGAUUCUUUCCACUCACCUACGUCAAACCAUUAGGUCCUUUACCGUGUGAAGAGAUUGAAGAUCAUUUGCCACCAUCUUCGUCGAAUAGCGCCAUAUCAUUGUGA